AUGGCCGGUCCCACGAGGAACCUCCCGUUCUCUGUUCUGAUCAUCUGCCUGGUUUCCAUCAGGGGUCUCUGUCUGGUGCCCACACCGCCCAGAGGCACCGGAUCGCCUCCGCUCAGCUCAUACCUGGACGAUUACGACGACUACGAGGACACGGUUGCCCCCACUGCACCGGUCGAAGGGUCUCCAAAGCCCGGAGACCGCCAGCGCUGCGACUAUGAGCCCUGUCGGGACGACCAGACCCCGUGUGACGCCCUGUCGAGGUCCACCGGCUGCUUGUGCCCCGGCUUCACUCUCUACACCGAGCAGCCGGACCCGCCCAAACUAACAUCUGUGUCCCGGAACGGAUCACGAGUGGUAGUUCAGUGGUGCGCUCCGUAUUCCCACGUCAUAACCUACAUGGUGACGGUGGGGGGUCAACUGAGAGGUGUCUUUGGGGAGAGCCAAAGGAGGGGCUCGCUCGACGAGAUAGCUGUCGAAGAAGAAGUCUGCAUGGUUGCCAUGAACGAGGCCGGGAGCAGCGACAGGUCCUGCAUGAGGUACCGGCCUGAAGAGAACAGACCGCCUCUGACAGCGUGGCUCAUCGGGGGGGCCGGGGGCCUCCUACUGAUCCUUUUGGUGGCCGCCAUGCUGUGGAGGCACGGGAGGCAAGACAAACAGGAGGACGGCCACGUGUGAACCGAGACAGAAAACCCUGAAGGACUCAGACCCAGGAGACCCGUCUGCACCGAGACUUUGUGUAAACACGAGGAAACUGGGCCCAUCAGC